GGGUAUUUUUUCCCAAAGUGUGUUCCAUGGAACAGUCUCCUUGGGUAUGCUGCAAUUAAAAAGGUUUCCAUGGUCAGGUGAGUCUGGCAGAGUCUACAUGCCACAAUUCACUUUCGGAACAUCAUUGUCUUCACUGGUGCUUUAAAGGACCUGAGAAGUCCGGCAGCAAGUAGCCAGUUUCCAAAGCUUAUUGGACUUUGGAACAAUCUCCACUCCCAUUACACUUAAAAUAGCCAUUGGACUAAGAGUCUCCAGGCGGGACCUUUUACGGGUGGGAGGUAUUUUGAAGCAAGGUUCCAGCCCAUCCUUUGGUUGGACGCGCUCCCAUAGACCCUGUAACACUUCGAAGGCGUGUUGGAGAUGAUUUGGUCCAGUGAUCUCAUUGUACAGAUCGUGGUCCUCUCACUUGCUGCUGCUUCUUGCUGGAAGGCCUCUCCUCUGGUUGUCCACCUGUCGUGGCGUCGGCCCAGACGUCACCUUCCCAGUGGGGCUCCUGCGACCACCCUGACAAAACCUCGAGCCUGGCUUCUGUCUUCCUAGCGCUCUCCAGCCACCUGAACUGAGCCGUUUCUCUCCAUAGUCCUUCACGCUAACACGCCCUACACGGAUGUAUUUUCAGAUAUUAAAUGUCGGCCCCCAUUAGGACACUCACGUCCCGGAGAUUGUUCUCUGUCGUGUGGUAUCACAGGCUGCAGUAACGCGUGACCCGUCCAUGCUGUAUUCAGUACGUACAGUUGUGCUAGUCGCCUCCUGCAUCCUCUGGAGGGAAAGCGGGUGAGAUCCUAGCAUCCUGUGUGUUGGGAGUCAGAUCGUGAUUCCGGCGCUUAGUAGGGGUUGACGUUUGGACUGGGUCUCACUAGAGCCCGGUGAUCCGAACGAAGCUCAGGUUUGUCUCAUCACCGUCUUGUGAAGCGGAGACCCAGGGCUCAUAGGGCAACUCCCCAGCGACCAGGGGCCCGAGCUCCUCUUCUCCCGCUGUGCCGCGUCCUGGGGGCACGGCUCCCACCCCGGCCUCUCCUGGCCGCAGGAGCUCCGGUCCCGACCUCGGUGUUGCUGGCGGGGGAACAGUUCAGUCUCCCCUGAAGAGUCUUCUCAGUGAUUUUUGCUUCUCUCCCCUUGGCCAUCCCUGCCUAGGAAAUGUGUUUGGGGUGGACAUAUUGCCAACCCAAAUAAAACUUUUCAGGAACACGCAUUUCGGGCGGGUAACUGUGCAAACUGUGGGCAAAUAACGGUAGUGACCUCCGAAAGUCUGUCAGUCUCCUCGGGUUGCCCUAACAAAGCGUCACAAGCUGAAUGCCUCACAAUGACAGGAGGGCAUUGUCUGGUCGUCAGGAGGCCAGAGGCCGAACUCAGCAUGUCAGUAACGUGGAUUCCUUGACUGGUGGCCGGGAGGGAGAAACCCCCCCACGCUGUCUCCCAGCCUCUGAGGGGCGCUGGUCAGGGAGGGAGAGCUUUUCCUCCAGCCUCGUAGGGUCCCUGGCUGCAUCUGCCUCCAGAGCUGACACAGUAACAGGACGACACCUGUAAACGUGUGGCGUGUAAGUUCUGUGGGGCGCGGGAGCCUUCGUGAGGAUGCGGUUGGACGGGUCUGACGAAGGGGCGGGGGUAUCAGAGGGCCGGGAGUGGGAGGCAGGCGUGGUGAGCUGCAGGACGCUCAGCAAGGCCGGGUGUCCCUUUGUCUCAGAGGUAGGGCUGCUGCUUUCCUCCCGGUCUGGGUCUGGCGGGGGCUUCUCCCCCACGACAGCCCCAUGACCUGCUUCAGGGGACGUGGGUGUGGUGGGCACGUGGGGUCGGCGACCUUCCUGCCUCUGCUGCUGCUCGAGCUCCUUCGCCUUCAGAGACGCAGUCUGCCCGGGGGCCGCGUUCGGGAGUGUGUCCUGCACGCCGGCCACAUCGUCUCCGUGUCCCUGCACGUUGGGCCCACGGCAGUCCUCACCGUACCCACAUCUGCAAGGACCCUGUUUCCACAGCGGGUCACGUUCCGAGGUCCCGGCGAGACUGCGCAGGGUCCCCGCGGUGCUGAGGUGCCUGGGGCAUGGGGUGCCCGCACAGCCCGUCCUGACGGGAGCACGGAUCUGUCUGCCGACGAGCGAGUGUCAGACUACGUACACAUCACUGAGUUCUUUCUGGAAGUUAGAGAAUGGAAAGCAAGUACCUUCCUGCCUUUUUUAUGCUUCUUUUUACGUAGCGUCGCACCCCUGUCACCAGCCUUCAGCUCUGUAAGCAGGUGGGUCAUCAGGAUUCAACCCAGGGCGCACCGGCUCUUGGCCUUGAGAACUCUCGUGCACCCACCUUGGGGGGAGUGUCGGAAAAUCAGCACAAGGGCCCAUGCCAGGCAGGUGCCCUCUGGGUCGGACGCCGUGCUCAGCGCCACUGCGCCCGGGCUGGGAGCCGCCCGCAGCCGGCCAGGCCUGCAGGACGCCCCGAGGCCAGAGCGGGCCCGUCAGACGAGCAACCUCGUCCCGGCUGCCCUAUCCUCUUUUAAAAGAAUGGAAUCGGGAACCACCGAUGCAGAGAGGGGGUCACCGGAGCGGAGACUCACUCACACCUCUGGUCCCGUUUCCUGCUGCUCCGAGGGCAAACCCAGGUGCUCGUGUGUCGGGGGCUGUCGAAGGGAAUGCAGCUCACUUUCUGCAACCCAAGAACCUUACACAGUGCUGGGCCUGAGAAGACUGAACCCCGGGCACAGAGGGCAGGAUGGGGGAGCGUGGGCAUGCUGAACGUGCCGGGCGACCUCGAAGUAACGUGACCCGGGGCUCCGAGCUCGGAGGGUGGGGCGCACAGCAGCACAGCCGCCGACCUGCACGUGCUUCUCACCACCAGUCGUUUGCCUCGGAAAGUCUGCGGCUCCAAACCCGGGAAGACAAAGCAGAACGGAAGCUGACGUGACCAGCUUUGGCAGAGAAAACCCAGACUGAGAUUUGACAUUUUCUGUGUUUGGAGCCAUGAAAUUGGAGAAGAAAAGCCACGCAGUGCCUCCUGACGUUCAUACCAAGGGAAACAUCGGACGGGUGAGCAGAGAGGAAUGGACGUUGUGCUCGGACUCUGUGACGAUUCUUUCCGGCGUGAAGUUCAUUUGCAUCAGUUCAGGCUGAAAGGAUGGCUGAUUCUUGCGUGCAGCCGUCUCCUCCGGCUUAGGGACAGUCUGCUCGUCUUCGGUCAGGAUCGUCUCUGCGUGGCAGGGAGAGCCCACGUGUGGCUUCGUCCGACAUGAACCCGCUUUUUCCAGUUUCCAUGGUGUAAAUUCUUCCAUGUGGCCCAUUUCAAGCUACCAACUGGACGUCCCUGGGAGAUGGGAGGAAAUACUUAGGAUCGACCCUCGCCAGCAGGCAGUGGCCGGCUUCACACCGCUAGUCAGGACUAUCUGUUAUUCCUCACUGUUUCUGCAGUCUGGUGCACCAAGUUUGACAACACUGUUUUCUUCCACGUUGGUGACGAUGAGGGUCAGACGUUACCACUUCCUGUGCUUCUGAGAGGUGACAUUUACCGGCAAGGCAUGGGGGAGGGACAUGGAGUGUGUACUUCCUCUCCUCGGACGGGUCCCGCUGCGAGUCUGUUUGUUGCAGGUGUGGUGGCGGUUGCUGUGAAACCCUGACACUACGGACCACGUCCCCUGCAACCAGUGGUGACACUGACUUAGCCUGACAAGCAUCAUUCCUCAAACAGCCGCACUAAGCAGGCGUUCUGGAAAGUGUGACACAGAACUGCCGUAUCUUUAUAUCUGACGGCGCUGACCUCUCGUGAUAAGCCCCGACGUUGCUGAGCUCUGUGUGCCGGACACUCUUCUCGGAACCUCACGAGUAUCAGUGCAGUGAAUCCUGACGACACUCUUCAGAACUGUGUGCCCGUUCUGCAGCUGGGGUGUGAAUGGGUGCAGAUGGGGCCGUCCGCUGCAGGUGCCACUCUGUUGCAGAAGCUGGCACGGGACUCAGGACUCAGGAUCUCUUAAGGCUGAACGGCUCUUGAGGAAAGCCCGUGGCAAAGGAGGGCCGCAGGAUCCAGCAGGGAGAGUGGGCUGGACAAGGAAGGGGUCUAGCCUCACGGGAUCUGCAGGGGGAAGAGCAGGCGAGGUAGCAGCCGUGGGAGCGGCUCAGACUCACGUCGACUGCGCGUCAUGCUCCAGGUUCCUUGUCCAGGUGCGUAGAAAAGAAAACAGAAAUGAAUCCAGAGAUUCACAGAGGACUUGAACCAAAAUGUUCCUAGCUUCACCCUUCAUAAAGGGUCAAAUCGGGAAGUGACCCAAUGUCCCUCAGCAGGAUGGAGACACAAAUCAGGGUGUAUUUAUCCAGUGGGGUACUGUUCGUCAGUGAAGACAACAGGCUACUAAUAUGCGCUGGCAUGUGGAUGAAACGACAAGCGUGGUGAGUGAAAGAAGCCGGACAAUUGCAUUUAUGUGAAGUCCGACAAGCAAACCGAAGCCGCCAUGACGCCAAUCAUAGCAGUGCUUGAGGCCGGGGACGGGGUGUCUAGAUCAGCGUUCCCCGGAAAGAGGCAUGAAGGAGUUUUCUGGGGUGAUGGAAAGUGUUCUUGAUCUCCACUUGGGCGACUUCGAACUGUGUCAACGAUGGCCGUCAAGUACUCUCAGGACCAAGAAAUCCCAGGUAUGCCGCCCGCGAGAAGGGCAAACGUGCUCGCUGUGGGACAGAUCUGGCUGUUACGAGAGACUUCCUUGUCCAGGGCUACUCUGAUGGUGUUAUUUGCAAGUUAAAAGUUGCCCACAGACCAGGAAAUCCCCGGCACUCAUGAUGACUUUCGUAUUUACUUUGGAAUCAGAACAGCAUGUCCCCUUUGUUUCAUUUAACUUUUGCUUUCAGUUCUUGAGUCCUGGGCGGAAUGUUAUCUCUUUAGCUAAAAAUGUAACAACUUACAGUGAAAUGGUGUUGGGCUGGGACUGAAGUCCUUACAGCCUUUCUACCCUGUGAAACUCCUUCCAGAGAAAGAGUAGUUGUUCGUCAUGAUUACCCUCAAGGGAAAAGAAUGUUUUAAAAUUAUCUAAUAACAGGAUAUUGAGAACACAGCAGUGGUGAUCAAGUUUCCAAAGCAGGCAUGGGGUGGACAGGCCUCUCACGCUGGCUUACGCACAGACAGCGGAGGAAAGCUCGUAGACCAGACAGAAGUCGCCCCGUGUGUCUAUCUUGUCGUGUCCUCAAGCAUUUCCUUGCUUACUUCUGUGUCUGAAACAGUCCUGGAGAGAAAAUAUACUUAGGUAAUAUGUGGGUGCUGGAAGGAAAAAUGGAAGUUUUAUAUAAGAUACUUGGGAUAGUCACAGGGUUAGAAGGCAAAUAUAAGGUAGGUUACAAUAUUAAAAAAUUGGGUGUGGGUUUAGAAUGCAGAAGGCCCAGGAGGACAGACUGACUCUGUUUUUGUCAGUCAACACAGAUUUAUUGAACACCCACCAUUUACAGGUGCCCUGCUGAUGCUAGAAUAAUGUGAACAAAAUAUACGCAGGCCUUGCUCAUCUGCAACUUAGAAUUGUUAUAGGAAAACAAUUCUUUUUUUUUUUUUUAAAGAUUUUAUUUAUUUAUUUGACAGAGAUGAGACAGUCAGCGAGAGAGGGACA